AUCGAGCCUGCGUGCUGCCGAAGCAGGGCGCCGAGUCCAUGCGAACUGCCAUCUGAUCCGCUCUUAUCAAUGAAGCAGCCGAUCAUGGCGGAUGGCCCCCGGUGCAAGAGGCGCAAACAAGCCAAUCCCAGGAGGAAAAACGUGGUGAACUAUGACAAUGUAGUGGACACGGGUUCAGAAACAGAUGAAGAGGACAAGCUUCAGAUUGCUGAGGAGGACGGGAUUGCUAACCCUCUGGACCAGGAGAGGAGUCCAGCUAGCGUGCCCAACCAUGAGUCCUCCCCACACGUGAGCCAAGCUCUGCUGCCAAGGGAAGAUGAGGAAGAUGACCUAAGAGAGGGUGGAGUGGAACACACUUGGCACAACAACGACAUUCUGCAAGCCUCUGUCGAUGGUCCAGAAGAAAUGAAGGAAGACUAUGACACGAUGGGGCCGGAAGCCACGAUCCAGACCACAGUUAACAAUGGUACAGUUAAGAAUGCAAAUUGCACAUCAGACUUUGAGGAAUACUUUGCCAAAAGAAAACUGGAGGAACGCGAUGGCCAUGCAGUCAGCAUCGAGGAGUACCUUCAGCGCAGUGACACAGCCAUUAUUUACCCAGAAGCCCCCGAGGAGCUGUCUCGCCUUGGCACGCCAGAGGCCAAUGGGCAAGAAGAAAAUGACCUGCCACCUGGAACUCCAGAUGCUUUUGCCCAACUGCUGACCUGCCCCUACUGCGACCGGGGCUACAAGCGCUUGACAUCACUGAAGGAGCACAUCAAGUACCGCCACGAGAAGAACGAAGAGAACUUUUCCUGCCCUCUUUGUAGCUACACGUUUGCCUACCGCACCCAGCUCGAGCGGCAUAUGGUGACGCACAAGCCAGGGACAGAUCAGCACCAAAUGCUGACCCAAGGAGCAGGUAAUCGCAAGUUCAAAUGCACAGAGUGCGGCAAGGCUUUCAAAUAUAAACACCAUCUGAAAGAACACCUGCGAAUUCACAGUGGUGAAAAACCGUACGAGUGCCCAAACUGCAAGAAGCGUUUCUCCCAUUCUGGUUCCUACAGCUCACACAUCAGCAGCAAGAAAUGUAUUGGUUUAAUCUCUGUAAAUGGCCGAAUGAGAAACAAUAUCAAGACGGGUUCUUCCCCUAAUUCUGUUUCUUCUUCUCCUACUAAUUCAGCUAUUACCCAGUUAAGAAACAAAUUGGAGAAUGGAAAACCACUUAGUAUGUCUGAACAGACAGGCUUACUUAAAAUUAAAACAGAACCACUAGACUUCAAUGACUAUAAAGUUCUUAUGGCCACACACGGGUUUAGUGGCACUAGUCCCUUCAUGAAUGGUGCACUUGGAGCCACCAGCCCUUUGGGAGUUCAUCCAUCUGCUCAGAGUCCAAUGCAGCACUUAGGUGUAGGGAUGGAAGCCCCUUUACUCGGAUUUCCCACAAUGAAUAGUAACUUAAGCGAAGUACAAAAGGUUCUACAGAUUGUGGACAAUACGGUUUCCAGGCAAAAAAUGGACUGCAAAGCUGAAGAAAUUUCCAAGUUGAAAGGUUAUCACAUGAAGGAUCCAUGCUCUCAACCUGAGGAACAAGGAGUUACUUCUCCUAAUAUUCCACCCGUAGGUCUUCCAGUAGUGAGUCAUAAUGGUGCCACUAAGAGUAUUAUUGACUACACAUUAGAAAAAGUCAAUGAAGCCAAAGCUUGCCUCCAGAGCUUGACCACUGACUCAAGGAGACAGAUCAGUAAUAUCAAGAAAGAGAAGCUACGUACUUUAAUAGAUUUGGUCACUGAUGAUAAAAUGAUCGAGAACCACAACAUAUCCACUCCAUUUUCUUGCCAGUUCUGUAAAGAAAGCUUCCCUGGCCCCAUUCCCUUGCAUCAGCAUGAACGUUACCUUUGUAAGAUGAACGAAGAGAUCAAGGCAGUCCUGCAACCUCACGACAACAUAGUCCCCAACAAAGCUGGAGUUUUUGUUGAUAAUAAAGCCCUCCUCUUGUCAUCUGUACUUUCUGAGAAAGGAAUGACAAGCCCCAUCAACCCAUACAAGGACCACAUGUCUGUACUGAAAGCAUAUUAUGCUAUGAACAUGGAGCCCAAUUCUGAUGAACUGCUGAAAAUUUCCAUUGCUGUGGGCCUUCCUCAGGAAUUUGUGAAGGAAUGGUUUGAGCAACGAAAAGUCUACCAGUAUUCAAAUUCCAGGUCACCAUCACUGGAAAGGAACUCCAAGCCGCUAGCUCCCAACAGUAACCCUCCCACAAAAGACUCUUUAUUACCCAGGUCUCCCGUAAAACCUAUGGACUCCAUUACAUCACCAUCCAUAGCAGAACUCCACAACAGUGUGACGAAUUGUGAUCCUCCUCUCAGGCUAACCAAACCUUCCCAUUUUACCAAUAUUAAACCAGUUGAGAAAUUGGACCACUCAAGGAGUAAUACUCCCUCCCCCUUAAAUCUUUCCUCCACAUCUUCUAAAAACUCCCACAGUAGUUCUUACACUCCAAACAGCUUCUCUUCCGAGGAGCUCCAGGCUGAGCCUUUGGACUUGUCAUUACCAAAACAAAUGAAAGAACCCAAAAGUAUUAUAGCCACAAAGAACAAAACAAAAGCUAGCAGCAUAACUUUAGACCAUAACAGUGUUUCUUCAUCAUCUGAAAAUUCGGAUGAGCCUCUAAACUUGACUUUUAUCAAGAAGGAGUUUUCAAACUCAAAUAAUCUGGACAGCAAAAGCACUAACCCAGUGUUCGGCAUGAACCCAUUUAGUGCCAAAACUUUGUACACAGCUCUUCCUCCACAAAGCGCAUUUCCCCCUGCCACUUUCAUGCCACCAGUCCAGACCAGUAUCCCUGGGCUCCGACCAUACCCGGGACUGGAUCAGAUGAGCUUCCUACCACACAUGGCCUAUACCUACCCAACUGGAGCAGCUACUUUCGCUGAUAUGCAGCAGAGGAGAAAGUACCAGCGGAAACAAGGAUUUCAGGGAGAAUUGCUUGAUGGAGCACAAGACUACAUGUCAGGCCUAGAUGACAUGACAGACUCCGACUCCUGUCUGUCUCGAAAGAAGAUCAAGAAGACAGAGAGUGGCAUGUAUGCAUGUGACUUAUGUGACAAGACAUUCCAGAAAAGCAGUUCCCUUCUGCGACAUAAAUACGAACACACAGCUACAAUAGGCACAUCACUGAAGGCAUCUUUCCCUCUCUGAUUGGUUUUAUUAUAUGACCAUAUGCAAACUCUAUCAUUUACUACAUGGUGAGUGUAAAACUUUUAUUUUAGUGAGGGCUAUCAUACAUAUUGACAUCGCGUCAAUAUCUUUAUUUCUUAUAAAUGAGAUAGUCCAUAAACUUCAUAGGCAUAUAGACAGUUGAGAGACCCAAAAGUUGACAAACAUAAAUAUGCAUAAUCAAUCUGAAAAUGAUGCUGUAUUUAAAAAAAUAAAAAUAAAGUGCCUUGGUUCUUUAAGAUGUGAGAUCUGCUGCCUAGAAGUAAUGUAUAGCAACAGGAUCCUAACCAUCCAAUGACUUCUUUAAAUGUGUGAUUAAUUAUCCUCCUGUUGGCUUCCUGGCCUAUCGAGUUUCUAGUGUGUUGACUUUUUGGUCUCUUGACCAAACAUCUCAUGACAUUACUGCUGUCAGUGUAUUAGAUUCCAUCACCGUGAAGUUCUUCAUGAAUUUUCUAGCACUGUGAUGUAUGUAAAAAUUUAGUCCAUUUUCCUUUCCUAAUUGGGCCCCAGAAGCCUUCCAUUUAUUUAUAUUAAGUAUUAGUAAUAAUUUGAGAAUGUACUAAUGUGAAAAUUGUACAUGAGAACAGUCUCUGGGUUGAUUGAUUCUAAGAUUGGGAAAUCAAGUUGAAUCGUCAUUUGAUUAUGGGCUGAUUUUACAAAUGUGUCAUCGAUAAAGUGUGUUUGUUACACCUGUCCACAAUUUAGCAUGGCUGAAGUUAAGAAGGAAAUUAUGAACUGCUUUUUCUUGAGAUCUUGUGCUCUUUUACCUUGAACUGUUUAAUUUAUUUCCUAGGCAGACACCAAAGACAUAAUGCUUAAUUUUACUUAAUGAUGGCGUAUUGCUUGCUUGCUUUUCCUGGGGCCUGGACUGGGAUCAGGAUUGGGAAGUUGACUUCAGUGGGAUUAAUUGUCACAAGUCAGGACAGUGAAACAGAAAAUCUGAAACUCCUGUUAGGCACUGUCACGAACUCAUUUGUAUUCCACUAAAAUUUAAAUCUGACAUUUAUUGAGUACUUUUUCUAUUGAGACAUAUUGUGGUAGGUACUCUUAAACCUACCUUAUUCAGAAAAGUAAUAAAAAUGUUUCUACUUUUGCAUAGAUAAAGUCAAAGUUUUAAAUAAAUUACCAGUCAAUUUUGUUUCUCAAUUAUAUGAUAAUAUUUUUCAUACCACAAACCUUCCAUUUAUUAACUUCAGUUAUCAUUCUAGCUGUCAGGUGAAUCAUGAACCUUGAGAUUAGGGAAAAAAAUUACCCUAAAAAGUUUGAUUCACUCAAUGUCAACUUGGGUAUAUUCUGAAUCGUGUUCAUGUGGAAAUUUAAUUCCAGGAAUCUUGACUUGAAGCAGGUAAACCAAACAAACAAAUUAAAAAGAGAUGAAAUUCCAAGGCUGUUCCUACUUAAAUUGAACUUACUAAAUUCUUACCAGCGACACUUCUGGAGAGUACUAGAAUAUUUAGUGCAAGUUUUAGCUCAGUCCCCCAACCCACCCCCCAAAUUCUGUCCUUUGCAUGGUGUAAUAGCUGCACAUUUUAUUCCUUCAGAUUGUCAGUUCGUACUAUAGAAUUAAUGUAUUUCUAUUAUUAGCAUGUUGUUUGUUAUUGAUUGAAUUCCCUGAAAAUUGAUCGCCUGUAACCAGAAUACCUAUAUAAUAGACUGCAGCUUAAUGAGCACCCCCCAUGCAUUUCUAACAGGCCUUGAAACUUGUCCUGGAGAGUGUCUGUUCUCUCUCAGGACACUGCUCUGUGUUUUGUUCCUUUGGAAAAGAGAGAGCCAUUUCAGCUGUGGUCACUGUGAUGUUCAUUCACGAUUAUUCACAGCCCAUCCAUGAAGUCACCUAACUCUCUCACCUCCUGUGCUCCUGAGCUGAUGAGACAUCCAAAGGAUGUUAUAGGACAGUUCUCCCUACGCAUGCUGUAGCAACUAAAGCACCGAGAAAUUUUUCAUCUACAAUUUCUCUUCUUUCCAUUCAGAUUUACUUCUUCCAUGUACUCUGCUCUUUAUCUUGCUUACCACUUGGGGAGUUAUUGAACGUGUACUGAUAAAAACAAAUAAAAUUAUCUAACAUUAA